AUGGCAUCUUGCUUGAACCCACAAAUCAAUGAAGAUGACUCUCCCAUACUCUUCUCAACUUCUUAUUCCCCUCAAGACUCCAUUAGUCCUUCUUCUUCUUUCUACCAUUCACCAUCACCACAAACUUCAUUCAAACUUUCUAUCAAAAACCUUACCUAUACUUUACACCCUUAUAACACCAACAUUCCCUUUUCAUUUUAUCACCUUACUCAAAAACCACAUCCUAUAAACAUACUCAAAUCUGUCUCUUUUGUUGCCAGAACUUCCGAGAUUGUCGCCGUUGUUGGUCCUAGUGGCACAGGGAAAUCAACCCUUCUCCGAAUAAUUGCGGGGAGGGUAAAAGACAGAGACUUUGAUUCAAAAACUAUCUCAAUCAAUGAUCACCCUAUGAGUACUCCUUCUCAGUUAAGAAAAAUAUGUGGCUUUGUGUCACAAGAAGACAACUUGUUUCCACUUUUAACUGUGAAAGAAACAUUGCUUUUUAGUGCAAAGUUUAGGCUAAAACAAAUGACACCAAAAGAAAGAGAAUUGAGAGUAGAAAACUUAAUGCAAGAAUUAGGCCUUUUUCAUGUUGCUGAUAGUUUUGUUGGUGAUGAAGAAAAUAGAGGUGUAUCUGGUGGUGAAAAGAAAAGGGUAUCAAUUGGUGUUGAUAUGAUUCAUAAUCCACCAAUUUUAGUCUUAGAUGAACCAACAUCAGGACUUGAUAGCACCUCAGCAUUUCAUGUGAUUGAGCUCCUUUCAUCAAUGGUUAAAUCAAAGCAAAGGAUAGUGAUUCUUUCAAUUCAUCAACCUAGUUAUAGAAUAUUGCAGUAUAUUUCCAAGUUCUUGAUUCUUUCUCAUGGUUCAGUUGUUCACAAUGGUAGUUUGGAAUCACUAGAGGAAACAAUAUCUAAUUUGGGAUUUCAAAUUCCAUUACAGCUUAAUCCUUUAGAAUUUUCCAUGGAAAUUAUACAAAGUUUAGAAGAUUCUAGAAGUUCCAUCAUCGACGAUAAAAACGAAACUUCCUUUCCAAGUUUAGUCUGGCAAGAGGAAGAAAAGGGUGGAAGUGGACUUUUCCAAACACAAAAUGAAAGGGAAAGUUUUGGAAAUCCUUGUUAUGUAAACUUGAUGGAGAUAUUAUUUCUGUCUUCAAGAUUUUGGAAGAUUAUUUAUAGAACAAAGCAACUAUUUUUAGCAAGAACAAUGCAAGCGUUAGUUGGUGGAUUUAGUUUAGGAAGUGUUUACAUAGAGGUAAGAAAAGAUGCAGAUGGAAUUGCAGAAAGGUUAGGUCUAUUUGCAUUUAGUCUCAGUUUUCUCUUGUCUUCAACAGUUGAAGCACUUCCAAUAUACCUUCAAGAAAGAACUGUUGUAAUGAAAGAAGCAUCAAGAGGAGCUUAUAGAAUUUCUUCUUACAUGAUAGCCAACACUGUUGUUUUCCUUCCUUUUCUGUUUGUAGUUUCUGUACUUUUUGCUGUACCUGUUUAUUGGAUUGUAGGACUCAAUCCUUCGAUCGGUUCUUUCAGUUUUUUCACUUUUGUGGUUUGGCUCAUUGUGCUGAUGGCGAGUUCUUUAGUACUCUUUUUAAGUUCUGUGUCUCCUGAUUUCAUUUCAGGAAACUCACUUAUUUGCACUGUUCUUGGAGCCUUCUUUUUAUUCUCUGGAUAUUUUAUUCCAAAAGAGAGUAUUCCAAAAUAUUGGCUUUUUAUGUAUUAUGUGUCACUUUAUAGGUACCCUUUGGAUGCACUUCUAACAAAUGAGUAUUGGACUGUUGGAAAUGAGUGUUUUUCACAACAAGGGUCUUCAUCAUCAAAGUGUUUGGUUACUGGACUUGAUGUGUUGAAAAGUAGAGGAAUUGAAAAGGAUAAUAGGUGGAUGAAUGUCGGAAUAAUGGUUGGAUUCUUUGUGUUCUAUCGUUUGCUUUGUUGGCUCAUACUUGCUCGAAAAGCCUCCAAGACAACAAUAUAA